AUGGACGUUACAACUCCAGAAGACUCGGAAGAUGUCAAUGUUCUUCCUUAUGCUUCUUCGGAGGCAGAUAAUAUGCGAUUUAUUGCGGCGAAUACCAACAUCCCUAUUCUUCGCGUUUACGAAGAUACAAGCGCAUCCAUAAAAUCCAUCACGAUGGAAUAUAUCCCAGGGGAAAGCUUGGACAAAGUAUGGGGUACGCUUCUCGAGGAGCAGAAGCUAGCCCUCGCAGCUGAGCUGAAGCAGGUUCUUUCUGAAUUACGUGGUCUGAAAGGGCGAUAUAUUGGAGCACUCAACCGAGGGCAGGCAAUGGAUGUGCGGAAGUUCGACCUCGUGGACGGUCCAUUCGAUACUGAAGCUGCCUUCAAUGACUUCCUUCUGUCUGACACUUUCAAAGCUAUCCCGACCGUGAUGCAUGACAUGGCCUCACGUUCUUUGAGGACAGAUCACGAGAUUGUGUUCACGCAUGGCGAUUUUGCACCCCGCAAUAUCAUUGUCAAAGAUGGGAAGUUGGCUGCCAUUAUAGAUUCGGAAUUUUCGGGAUGGUAUCCCUAA